AAUGGCGCUGAAAAGGGAGAAGGAGCCUAUCGACCACCCACACGAGUUUAUCAAUUGCCAUGAAUGCGAACGUGACGACAGUUGCCAAACGAAAACCUUCUGCUCUCAUGUAAACUUCUGCGUACUAACAUCUUUUUAUUUACAUCACAUAAGUAAAGGGUCUUUGCUUAACGUGUUGUGCUCCACAACUUCUAAAGUUGGUUUUUGUUAUUUGCAACAUUUUGCGCUAGACUUUUUUCUAGCGGCAAAAGGUCAAUCAAUGGAGGACUCUCAGCAUUCAUCAUGGCCACUGUUGUCGUUGCUCGAAAGUAUACACAGCGGUCUACUCCAACGCCAGGAGUACAUUGACUCACGCGACAAAAACGCUUUUCUUCUAGCGAUCCUGGAGAACGACUGCUUAGGAUGUGUGCUUGGGUACGCAAGCCAUUGUUUCUCUCUCGCACUAGCAGUGUCAUCACUGAAAGCGUAUCUUUACAGUCAACUAAAAGGAAUGCCUUUCUCUACUCGUGGGAUAAAACUGUCUGUUGGGAUAGAGGAAGAUCGCAUUGUGCAGAUCAUGUCAAUUCCAUCAACAACUCUAAACGACGACGAACUGGAUCUCGUGGGAUGGCGUGUGCGGAGGAGUGGACUCCCGCUAAGGGUAUCCGCUCGUUUUCUCCAUGGGGCGAUUGACUUCAGCCAUUCCGCAUUCAGGAACACUCAAUCCUUUCACCUGAGCAGCAACAUCACGCAUCUGCAGAUUCCUGAAAGUAUUCUGUCAUCUUUGCACUCCUUGAGCUGCAGCAGUCAAACCUCUUUCAAUGAUGGCGAGGUGGCAUUUCAGUUUAGCAGCUUGCGCAAAUUGGUUCUCUCUGAUGUGACAGUGUGGCCCCAACAAUGGUUUGCGCAGCUCCCUGCUCUCGAAGAGCUGCACUUAAUUGGCACAGUAGAGAGGUUGGAGAUGGGGGUUCUGUGCAGCGCGGCAUCUCUUCGGUAUCUGCGCGUGUACAGCCGUGCCCUCAGCAGCCUAAGCGGCUUUGACAAGUGCAGACGGCUGAGAAGUGUAAACUUUACUGGUUGCACUAGCCUUCAUGAUUUGUCGGCGCUAUCGCUUGCACCACACCUCGAAGAAAUCGAUGCGCGUUUGUGUGGACUGCACGAAGUUUCGCAGCUGAAGCACUGCGCUGCACUUGUGGAGGUCCAGUUUUCCGGAAGCAGCGGGUUGUCAGACUUGUCGGGACUCGCAGGUUCCCUUUCCUUGCAGAAAAUCACUGCAUGCUACGCCGGCAUACGCACGCUUGGCGAUCUGCACAGGUGCCCGUGCCUCUCCAUUGUUGAUCUAACGCACUGCACCACAAUCUCUGAUCUCUCGCCUAUGGCAGGAGCGCCCGCUCUGGUUGCGCUGUACGCGGACAGCUCUUCCGUCAGUUCCACAAAGGGGCUCAAUCGGUGCCCUCUGUUAGAGACAGUCAAUUUCAACGCCUGUAUGCAGUUAACCGAUCUUUCCCCUCUCGGCGGUGCGCCGUCACUAAAGUACAUUAGUUUCCGUUACAGCAGUGUCCAGUCGCUCGCAAAUCUCAAUCGUUGUCCGCGGCUCGAGGAAUUGUCCGCUGAAGGGUGCAACGACCUGACGUCCUUGUCGGCGCUUGCAGAAGCGCCAAGACUCAAGCGAAUUAGUGCUCCGAACAGCGGCGUUCGGCACCUCGAGGGUCUGCGGUUUUGCCGCGCCAUGGAAGAGCUAUAUCUCAGUUUCUGCGAUUCACUCACGGAUGUUAGCGGGGUAGCCGGUGCACCGUCUCUACGAAUUUUCAACGCCAACUCCAGUGGUGUCGGGACUCUCGGUGAAUUGCAUUUGUGUCCUUUAUUAGAGACACUAGAUGUUCAGUGGUGCGUGCGACUUAGAAGUUUGCGUUCUCUUGUUGGGGCUCCUCGUCUUCAAAAGCUUCGGGCCAGAGGCUCAGGUGCUGAAAGCGUUGAAGUUUUGAAGGAGCUCCCGCGGUUGCAAGAAGCGGACUUUCGCGAUUGCCGUUCACUGCCAAAGACAGAGCGCAUUCAUUUCGACUUGACAGCAUUACGCAAAUAUUCCUCCCAACGAGGUAACAACUAA